AAACAUUAUUUCAUUUGGUUGCAGGUAGUACAACGGACCUUGCGCCCACGUUAAUUGGUAUAUACGACUCACUACUGGAACCCAAGAGCCUCCGACCUGAAGACAGCAGGUUCGAAACCGCGAAAGACGCACGGAAUGACCCGCCUGUAGAAGAUAAAGGAACAAAAGAUCCCACCAUGUUAGCUGGAAGCGUAAAACUCCCUAUAGCAACAGUAAACAAAAGUUCACUAUAUACGAUACGAACUAACAGUGAUAGAAAUGGUGCUAGUGAUGAGAGUGAUGUUAAAGUUAGUGAUAUAUCUGUUAUAAUUAAAGAACAAAAGCAAAGAACUAUAAAAGAAACAAAAAAUGAGACUACGUUCGACAAUUUGUCGCCAAACGUGAAACGUAUGAUAUCGAGUGCAGCUGAAACGACUACAUUGAAAUUCCAGAAGAAAACUUUGAACGCUGGAAGAACGUCGACUAGACAGAAAUCGAACAUUCCUUUAGUUGGGGCGACUUCGAAGAUAUCGCAGUCUGGAGUCGAGAUUUUGUCUUCAGUAGAAAUUUACGACAAACCAUGUGUUUCCAAACCAGUGGCUGGGAUAAACCCCGAAGAAGAUACCCCAGUCAAGUCAUUGCCAGUGAAACCAGAUUUCAAAAUAGAUGACGAACAAACUUAUGAUGUUCCGACGAAUAACAGGCCAGCGAUAUAUGACGUUCCAUCGAACAAUAAGACCGCUUUUGAUUCCCUAUCAUUACCAUACAUUGAUCAAUCAAUCGAAUUAUCUAUAACAUCAAACGAUAGAGAAUUUGAUCCAAAAUUAUCUCCGAAAGAGCAGAAACCCGCUAGCCCGCCAGAUGUAUCACCUGCAAAAUUUCCCAAAACUCUACGAGCUACAAACAGCUUACACCGUAAAGAUUUCGUUAAAAAGGAAAUUCUAGCAAAGCAGCUGCGGAAAACUGGACCUUAUCCCGAAGCGGUAGGGUCGACGGGGAACUUGAAGACGUGCGUGCAAGAUAAGGAGAUGAGGUUAAACCCGCCGCCUGUGGAAGUUUGUCGGCCUUUAUCGAUGAGCUCCAUUGCGUCCUCGAGUUCCACGUCAAGCAGUGGUGUGCAGAAUAAGGGUGUGAAUUCAGCGUAUCUGGCAUCCAUAGAGAUUGAUGACCAUAGCGACGCCGACAUGACGUCAGCUAAUGGCAGUAACAAUUUUGUCGACACCGGUAUUCUGAAUGCGAGUGUAUCAGAGGAAAGGAAUUCCGAGGACACGCCACAGCAACUAGUUGACGAGAUGUCGGGUCUCUCUCAGCUGGAGAGGGUGUGCGCAGAAAUAGUACAAACGGAGAAUGUUUACGUCGAAGACUUGAGGCAGGUUGCUGAGGGCUACCUUCAUGUUUGGCGGCGGGACGCGACCUUCUCCGAGGAAGAACUCUCGGAACUGUUCAACAAUGUCGAAGAUAUCUACGCUUUCAACAGAUCUCUAUGCCAAGAGCUGAACUCGUGCCGUCUAGAUGCCACGUGCAUCGCUCGAUGCUUUGUAGACAACACCGCUGGGUUCGCCGUCUACACCUCGUACUGCACCGGCUACCCUCGGACUAUGGAGCGGCUGGCAGCACUGGCUUCAAAGCCUCAAAGUGCUAGAGCGUUCAGGGAGCGACAGACGGAGUUAGGCCAUAUGCUGCCAUUAGCGUCAUAUCUUUUAAAGCCGGUGCAGCGGAUAUUGAAGUACCAUUUGCUGUUGCAGAACGUGGUGAAGCAGUGCGCCUCACGUGAGACGGAGUACGCGCUGCUGAAGAUGACCGGCAUUGCGCAGCACAUCGACGACAUGAAGCGCAGGCACGAGCACGCCGUCCGGGUGCAGGAAAUCCAGUCGCUCCUGUACGGCUGGAGCGGCCCCGACCUCACCACCUACGGAGAGUUGUGCGCCGAAGGGACAUUUAGAGUGUUCGGCGCGAAGGCGAUGCGUCACGUCUUCCUCUUCGACAAGAUGCUGCUCGUCACCAAAACAGAGAGGACGGCAUACUCGCCUACAAGUCGCAUAUUAUG